AUGGGAGGGCGCCUUGCCGAGCAGGUGGACGCUUGGCCACCGGCGCGCUCGCAGCAGGGCGCUGGGCCGGGGCGCCCCGCGGCAAAGGCGGCGGCGUUGGAGGCCCUCCGGUCCGAGAGCCUUCGUUGGGGCAAGCGGCGCCUCGCGGAGCCGCUGCUCUGCAGGAAGCGCGUGGGAGUACCCGAGUGGCUCACUGAACACAGCGCCCAGGGCCCCUCGCUGGCGCCUGCCGGAGCCGCCGCCGGCGUCGCGAGCAGCAGCAGCGACGCCUUUAACUCCAAGGACACCCCCCGGGCCUGGGCGGCGGAGUGGGACUCCAGCGAAACACAGCUGCAGGGCUUGUUCCCGCCUACCUCGCAGGUUUGGACUGACCUCCCCACGGCACGAGGGUGGAACAAGCUGGAGUGCAGACAGUGCGUGCAGAAGCGGGCACGGAGCACGCUGUGGAGUGGUCGCAAGUCCUGGCCAGCCCUUGGCCUCCCGCCAGUUGCACCAUUGGUGCCGCAGCUGCAGGCUGCUGGCGGGGCUGCUGACUCAGGGCCCGCUGCGAGGCGAGCGUUCGCGGGUAGCCCGACCCGCGAGGACAGCACCACUGGAGCCGUUUGCUUCAGGCCGCUGGAAGCAGGGCGUAUCGGCAUGCGCGGCAAGCGUGCCCUGAGGCGUGCUGUGCGGCUCGCGUUGGUGGUGGGCGCUGCAUGGUACCGAGCUCGGAACGACGUUACUUGCUUCAAAGAGAGGACGGUGCGGCUCUGGAGCUUCAAUGCUGAAUCACUCCGCCGCAUAGGUCGAUUGGAGGAGCUUCUCGAGCUGGCGAAGGCAGAGAACGUGGCCAUCUUUGCAAUGCAGGGCACCCAGAUGGACUUAGGCAUGUCUUGGCAGUCGUGCGGCUACAGUGUCCACUCUCACCCUCGUUCGGGAGUCGGCCACCGUGACGGCUGCCUCAUCGCCAUCAGCGCGCGUCACUUCAAGCCUGGCGAGAUAAGGUGCGAGCAUUCGUGGCUGCCUGGUAGGCUCCAAGGCAUUCGGAUUCGCAGCCUUGGCCACAGUCGCUAUGAGCGCGACCUCUACAUCCUGAACGGCUACGCGCCCACCAAUGACCCUGGACGGCCCCCGAACGGCGUGGACGCUGGCGCCUUCCGCGAAGCACAUUUUUCUCGGCAGGUCCAGGAGGGCAUCGAGGCGAUGAGCUUGCAGGAGUAUUGGAGUGACGUCUGCGGCAGUGGCAAACGCUUUGCCGACCCCUCCGAGUACUUCAACGCGAUGGAGGGCGUCAUCAUUGAGGCCGCCUCCCAGGACUACAUCGACUUGCCACAGCCGCGGGGUGCUUCUACGGGGCCAGUCUUCUCGGAGGCCACUAUGCGACUCAUCAAGAUAAAGCAUCAUUGGCAGUAUCAAUUGGCCGCUCUCUCUCCGGGCUCGAGAUGGCUGACCCUUUUCUUCCACCAGAAAUUCCUAGAGGCGUCCAAGAUCUGCACCAAGGCCAUCAGGAGUGAGAAGCGGCAGCGUAUGGCACAUCUUGCAGCAUUUGCCGAGCGCUCGGCUGGCGAGAAUAACCUACGGCGCCUGUUCUCCACCGUCCGCCGUCUCGCACCCAAGCCACCUGCACCCAUCAUGACCGUCAACGACCCGCAGACUGGCCUCCCAUGCUUCGACUCAGAACGUGAUAACCAAGUCCGAGUGGCGAGUAUCUGUUCGCUGUGCAAUGGCACGGCGAUGGCGCUCCAUGAACUACCAGUCCGUGCCCGUGACAUGGGCCGCGAUGAUGAUCGCAUUGGGCCGUAUGACUUGGCCGACAUCAAGCAGGGCAUUCGCAACCUUCCGAACUUCAAAGGCGAUGGGAAGUCUGCCAUGAACGACUACCGCACCAUCAGCCUCAUCAACCACAUAGGCAAGGUCUUCGCGCGGGUCACCGCCCUCGACGCCAUGCGCGAUAUCUCCCACAGGAUCUCCCCGACCCAGUUCGGCGCCAUGCCAGGCCGUGGCACUCGGGACGCAAUUUCGGUUGCGAUGGAGGUCAUCACCCGUCAUCAGCAUGCCCAUCGAGUACGAGUACGCGGACGAACCACGGACCCUCCUCCUAUGCUGCUGGUCAUCCUUACCGACUUGGAGAAGGCCUUCGACAUCAUCGCACGGCAGUCCAUCUGGGAUAGCCUGGAGUCCCUCCAGCUACGGCCUGAUGCACGUGAGACGCUAGAGGAGCUCCAUGACGGCAUGUGCUACCUCUAUCGUGACGUGCGCACCCGCCCACCUUGCUCUCGCAUUCAUGUCCAGCGCGGCGUCCGCCAGGGAGGAGUGGAAAGCCCUGGUCUCUUUGUUGCUGCUUAUGACAAGCUAGUUGCCGAGGUGGCAGAACGUCAGCGCGAGAAUGAGUUUCCUGGGAUCUUCGUUUAUUUUGACCCCAGCCUCAAGAAGAUCCGCACCUCGGAUCCGCUGCUGAAUGACUCCUGCGAGUGCCUGGACGUUACCCACCUCAAGUUCCUAGACGACCUACUGACGUUGGGAGAGGUAAACCACUUUGACGAGGCGCCCCAGCUGCUUGACUUAGUGAACGGCGAGAUUUCCUUCGGCGGCAUGAAGGUCAAUGCGAACAAGACCGAGCUACUCCUCAUCCCCAGCGGCACGGGAAGCAAGAGACGCCAGAAGUCCAUCAACUCACACUCCACGGGCAUCGUGACCUGGCAGGAUGACGAGGCCCUCGCCGUGCACCCGCAGCCGACGGUCAAGUACUUAGGCGUACGCAUGGCCGCAUCAGGCAGCUACCAGACGGAGAUUACCCACCGGCUCCAGAGCGCCAACCAAGCCCAUUCUCGACUCCUCCGACGUGCUUUCAAGGGGGGGUUCAGCCCGAAGAUGAAGAUACGCUUGUGGAAGGCGUUGGUUCGUUCAGUUGGCCUGUAUGCGUUGGAAGUUGCUGUGAUGUCCAAGCGCGAGCUCCUCCGUUUGGAGUCCUGGCAAGUUCGGAAGCUCAGAGGACUUCUACACUCCCCUGCCCACAUCAACAAGCUCACCAACCGCGAGAUCAGGAGGAAGGCCCGUGUCCCGACAGUGGAGAGCACACUUCAGCAUCGACGACUCAAAUGGUGGCGACGAGUCCUCUGGCCAGUCUUCCGUGGGCCCACACCUGACCUCUACGACGCCACGCUGGCGGUCCGCGCCGUCAUCUUCGGCCGCUUUUCUUUCGAGCCUCCUGGCCCGCGUGAGCCCCACGGCCUCCUUGCUGUGCUGAAGGGCGACUUGCGCCAGCUCUGGAACACUGUGGAGGCGCACGAGCAGCUGGAGGCCCGCCGCCUCUUCCUUCUUCACGGUGACCUACCUGACCUUGCUGAGCCGUGGCUCAAGCAGAUUCACAACCUGAGCUUGCAGCAUCUCCUCCUGUCCCUGCCAGUUAUGUUCCAGCCGAUCGCGGAGGUGCAGGUGGCAGCCAGCCAGAAGCGCGCGGCGGCUCCGAACCCAGAGGACAAGGGCGAGGGCAACGACAUCGUGGGCCCGCUGGCCAAGGCACUCGCCAGGCUCGCCCUCCAGCACGAGGCCAAGGAGAAGGCGAGCGAGCAGGGCAGCCAGUUCUUGGGCAACCCGCUGGGCAAGCGGCCCGACGCGCUGGCCCGCGCCGUGGUCUUUCGCAUCAUGGAGGCGGUGCUCCUCAAGAGGCAGCAGGUGACGGAGGCCGUGUCGCAGGGGGCCGAACCCGAGGCAGCGCAGGCAGCGCUGGAGGCGCUGCUGCAGAUGGGCAAGCUGGCACAGAACACCGAGGCGAAGUUCGUGGCCACUCGCUGCUUUCGGAUCCAGGUCAGCCGCAACGAGGGCGACAGCAACGAGGAGGGCGAAACCAGGUGGAUCUUCGCGGUGAACCACUACCCAGGGUUCAAGGCAGCGCUCAACACGCUGCGGACCAACGGAGCCUUGACCGCCGCGGGUAUCGUCCUCCAGUACGACAUCGCGACGAGGUCCAAGGCAGCCAAGCUGGUAGAGACCCUGGCGUUCCGCUCGGGCAGUGGCUCCGCCAGCGGCGGCAAGAAGAAGCAGAGCUGCAUGGCCCGAGUUGCCGCUGGCACACAUAAUCUACUGAAGGGCCUCCCGUGCACGCGAGCGAGAUCGCUCUUCGCCGUGGAGCGCAGCAGCGCAGAGACUGCAGGGCGCGCGGCCUGGAGCUUCAGCUCCAGGCGCGCGGCGGAGAAGGGAGACGCGCGCAAAGACAGCAAGAAGCUCUACACGAGGCACCGGGACUCCGAGUGCAGUCGCAUCUGGGUGCAGAGCUGUAGAGCCCGCGAGCCUGACGUCCCGCGCGCUGGCGAGCCGGAGGACUCCGUGCCCCGCGAAGGGGGUCAGAGCAGCGGCCCUGGCUUCGGGCCCAUCCAUUUCGACCCGGGCAGCGUCUUCUACAACACGCAGGCGGCGAGCUUGACGUUCUCGUGGCCCUCCCGGCACCAGACCCGGGACGACGUCCAGGGGGACGGAGACGCCGCUGGGCCCGACGGCAACCCGGGCUCGCAGCAGGCUGGCGAGGGCGAGAAGUCGUUUCUGUUCAACUCCAGGAGGAUGGCGCACCAGGACGUCGUCGUGGGAGCCACUGCCACAGAGCGGGCUGCGCGCCGCAGCGGAGAGGCGGGCGAGGCCCUCGUGCCCGCCAGAGCGGCGCAGCCCAGAGACCAGUUGGGACCGCGGCGCGCCCGCCAGCCGCCGGUCAGCAGCGUGCUGGCCAGCAGGGCGCGCGUCAGGGAGGGGGCCGGCGCCUCGGCGACGCGUCGAAGCGCGGUCGCGGCGGAGGCGGCAGACGACUCAAGCACGGCGCUUGACUUCGAGCAGUGGGGGCUCGACGACGACUACAUGGCUUCGCUCCUCACGGCGAUGGAGGAGCGGAGCCUGGCCCAGGUCGAGAGCAUCCGCCUGUCGGAGAACAGGCUGACCAGCGUGGGCGCCGAGAGGCUGCACGCGGUCUCUCCCGCGCUCGUGAGGCUGAAGUCCCUGGACCUGGCCCACAACCGGCUGGGCGAGGCUGGGGGCAUGACCAUCGCAAGGCUGGUGAGGAGCACACCGAAUAAGUCCUUGGCGGAGCUCGAGCUCGCCGGGAACGUGAUCGGCGACCGGGCAUGCGCGGAGCUCUGCGACGCGCUGGGCGUGCCCGCUCUGUCGGCCCGCGCUCACGCACCUGGGCCUCGCCGGCAACGGGCUGGGCGCGGUGGACGCCACCGGGGAGUCCUUGGGGCUGCUCGUGGGACGACAGCUGAAGCUGCUCCGGAGCCUGGACUUGCACUGGAACCGCCUGCGCAGCGCCGGAGCGACCGAGUGCUGGGCGUGUACGAGAACAACUGCACUGUGGGCGGCCAAUUGCUGCGCUUGGACCUCUCUUGGAACAUGCUAGGUGAAGACGCCAACGGCGCCGCGACCCGCACGGCCAAGGUGCUUUCCUCGCUGUUCGCAGAUGGCAAGGUGAUGUUCCAUCUCGACUUGUCUUACAAUUGUUUCGUUAGCAGUGAUUGCCUGAUCUUGGCGGAGGGCUUGAAGAACAAUCACACGCUCUUCGGGAUCCACAUGAGCGGCAACGAGGCGACCGUGGACGACCAGGGCUUCAUCGUGCCUCGUCCCGGCGCGCUCGCGCGGAGCUCGUCCGCGGCGGAGGGGAAGAUGGCACUGCCGAGGGGCGAUCUGGGCGGCCCGCUGCCGCGGCUCGCGGCACGCUGCGGGGACCACGGGGACACGCUUUUGCAGAACACCAUCAACGACCUCGUGCGCAGUGUGCCGCCAACGUUCGAGAUCUUGGCCAAGGUCAACUCGCCACAACGGCGCCGCCUCGGCCCGCGGGAGUGCACCUCGUGGGCGAGCGUGGAGCGGGACGUCGGCUGCUGCUGGCUGUGCCACAACUGGGUGGAGCAGGAGGUGUCUUACAUACCAGGCUGGUCGGGACCAGAGGGUACACCAGAUGAAGUGGUCUCUGUCUACGCUUUCUUCGGCAUCGACUCUUUCGCCACGCCGACGGCCCUAUCUGUCACGGAGGAGCCCUUCUCGAAGCGCUUGUUCGCCGACUGGGCGGACAGGAGCUCGACCAUGAAGCCGCAGACCUCUGUCAAGCGAACGGCCUCCGGCAGGGUGUGUCGCUGGGCCGCUAAGCGGAUGCUGCCGCCGACGGCCCACCAGCUCGAGGUCGUAUUCCAGGUGAACGGCAAAUUCGUCGUCGCCAACGACAUGCCCAAGCGGGACCUGGCCAACCCGAAGACCCUGACGCUCGCCCGGUCGCGCGUGCAGACCGAGGGCGAGCCCGCCGGUGCCGGCGCGCUGUCGGCGGGGCUGGCCUCCGAGGCGGCGGUGGCCGCGAUCAGGAGAGGAUCCAGAGUUCCGGAGACAGGCUUGGUGUGUGCCGUGAACCUCGUGACGCCGGCGUACGCAGCGUUGAAGAACUUCCAGUACGGCAUUGGCAACCUGAUGCUGUUUCUCGAUCCGAUCCUGACCCUGGAGCACUGA